UGGUAACAACCAGUUGGGAUAGAAUGUUCUUGUGCAACUCUUUUGUCGUCGUUUCUUCCAUAGGAUUGCUCGUGAUUUUCGCCUACAUUGGUUGGUGGCUUUACAUUCGUACUUCACCUUUUCACAUAGCAGUAAAUCGCAUUCCUGGACCCAAAAGCUUACCAUUUAUUGGGAAUACUUUCGAAAUAGCUGGAGGACUCGAAGAUUUAUUGUACAUCUUGCAAGAGAAAUGGCCACAAAAGUACGGAGGAAUAUAUCGAUUUUUUAUUGGUACUCACUGCUACGUCCCUAUUUCAUCGCCAGAAAUUAUGGAGAUUAUUUUAAGUAGUCAAAAGACGAUUGACAAAGGUUUGUCGUAUGACCAACUAGUCCCGUGGCUAGGGCAAGGACUUCUCAUUAGUUCCGGGGACUUGUGGAGAUCGCGACGCAAAAUGUUGACGCCAGCAUUUCAUUUUUCUAUUUUGAAUAGCUUUAUCGAGGUCUUCAAUGAACAGAGCCGCAUUCUCUGUGGAAUUCUUGAUGAUAUGUGCGCGUCUUUUGCGGAAAGAAAAGCAGAAAUAGAUGUCUACCCGUAUCUCACAAAAUGUUCUCUGGAUAUUAUUUGUGAGGCUGCAAUGGGGACAAGAAUAAACGCGCAGACGGAAGACUCCGAUUACGUCAAUGCAAUUUAUAGAAUUGGGCAGUUAUUGAUAGAACAAUUCCAAAAUCCCUUCAUGAGAAAUCCGACCAUUUUCUCAUUUACGGCUUUAGGAAGGGAGCACGAUCAACUACUGAAAACUCUUCACGGAUUCACUGAGAGCGUGAUCCAAAACAGGCGAGAAAUCUUAAACAAGAAAGUUAAUGACGAAAGUGACCAUGUGGAAACUGGAAUUAAAAAUCGGUUGCCGCUUCUCGAUUUGUUACUGAAGGUUUCAAAUGAUGGAAAGGUCCUUUCUCCGCAGGACAUCCGGAAUGAAAUUGAUACCUUUAUGUUUGAGGGGCACGACACAACAUCUUCGCUGCUCGGAUGGUUUUUGUAUUCCAUGGCAGCCAAUCCGGAUUGUCAAGAGAAGGUGUGGAAUGAACUUCAAAGUACAUUCGGAGAUUCGGAAAGAUAUUUCAAACAAGAAGAUAUUUCUAAUCUGAAAUACUUUGAAUGUUGCAUCAAGGAAACUUUGCGGAUGUAUCCUAGUGUUCCAGGGUUUGAAAGAACUGUUGUAGAAGAUAUCCAGCUUGGCGAAUAUUUGGUACCAGCUGGAUGUACUCUGGGAUUUUUAGUUUUCGCAGCACAUCGAAAUCCAAAAUUCUUUCCUGAUCCUUUGGUUUUUAAUCCAGAACGAUUUUUUCCGGAUGAGGCAAUCGGUCGGCAUCCAUAUGCUUACGUGCCAUUCAGUGCUGGACCUCGCAACUGUAUCGGACAACGAUUUGCUUUGCUAGAGAGCAAGACGGUUCUGUCUACACUUCUAAGACGUUUCAAAUUCGAAAUCGCACCUGACGCCAAGCCACCUAUUCUUUCAAACCAACUAACUCUGAAAUCCGUUAAUGGGAUAAAUUUACUUGUUUCCCGUCGUUGAAAUAUCGUUUAUGAAGAAUUAAAGUACACCAAAGUUAUAUUUUGCA